UAUUUUAGUUUUAAAUGAGGGGGGCUGGCUGGAGAGAUAAUGAAUAAUCAAUGUCUCAAUAAGACUGCCAGAAGACAUAACAUUAGCUUCCAGCCAGGACUUUCUGUUACAAUGACGCACAAAAAAGGAAAUACUUCUAUCCAUGCUUUUCACACGGAAGUUUACACUUUACUUCAUAAAUAUAACAUUGAUAUAUAUCAGUAGAGCGAUUGUAAAUAGCUGUUAGUUAAACUGCAGGUUGGGAUUUUGCAAAAGGAUACAAUAGUAAUUCAAGAAGCGAUUCAUGCAGUCUUUUUUAGGAGAAUUCGUAGCGGAGGAUUUGUACAGACAAUGCAGUAAGUCAAUAUCAGAAAUAUCCCUAGUGAAGGAGAGAGAGUCAGGGAUGUUCAUUUGAUCAAUAGGAAGGAAGCCGAAGAAGGAAGACUGUAGCGAUAAAUUUUGUUAAUGUCUAUAAUCAUUGAUCCCGUAUUCCACGUUUGUGAAUUUCAAUAUGCUGCUAAUUCAUCUCGUCAACUUAAAGGCUCUCUGAGUAAUUCUCGUGUGCUAUCGAGUGAUUUUUGUGUAGGAAUUGGAUGCCAUCUUCGGAUCGUGUUGAUUGCUCAUUAAUUUUCAUAUUCAGUUCAAGACUAAAGAAGGAAUAUUGAUGGUUUGCAUUAAUUGUAGAGAUUGACGUAUAUCUACGGGAUUCUUUACUUGAAAUCGAUGUGAACUAAAACUUUUUCUGUGUUCAAAGUCCUCCAUGCAAAUAGAACAUGUGCUGAUGUAAAGUGAUCUGCUCACUUACGAUAAUUGUCUUUUGACUAGCAUGAGAACACGGCAUAUAUUUCUUGGAGUUUCCUUUCUGUUAUGGAGAAAACGAAAAGAAUUUCAGUAGACCGGAAGGGCAUCCAGUCUUUGUUCAUCCCAGCUGUUCCGAAAAUUGUGUUCGAAACCUCUGAGCCGCACGGACCAGAAUCUACGGGAGGUACGAUCCCUCAUUCGCACUCGGCGGGGGAGCUAGCAAUUGCCAAUGAAGGAAAUCAGUUACAGAAGCGCACCGGAAGUACUAAUUUCCCGUCAUCGGACGGAAGUGAGUCUAGUUCCCGCUCCACUCUUGACCUAUAUUGCUCACCUCGACUCCAGAGACGUCAAGUGUUUCAGUUUGACCAAGAUGAUAUGGAACAAUCAUGGACGGAAACCAUGGUUUCUCGGAAGUCUUCCAACACCCUGGGACCGGGAAACAAGAUCGGGAGUACGUUAUCGCUGACUAGUGAAUGUACAGCCCGGAGUAUAGGUCUCAUAUCUAACGACUCCUCGUCCGACAGCACACAAUUCUCGGACAAACUGGAACACAUUAAACAAAAACAAAACUAUCUACGGCGGUAUGCUUCGAACCCAGAGAAGAAUCAAAAGGAGUGUGUGGAAAAUGUUGUCCAAAGAAGCACCAAGUCUUUCAGUAACUUUCAGUCGGAAAGCCAGAGAACAAGUGAGGUAGGGAGUGACAGUAUGGACGACAGUUUGGGUGAUUACGUCACACCACGGGAAGUUCAAGAGCAGAUGUCACGCUUCUCUGUCGCCAAUUCUAAUGAAAAUUCUUCACCUAAUCUUAUAACUAUGGUAACCGAUGACUCGGAAAUGAAAGAAGGUCGAAUCCGACAAUGGUUGACUGAUAUAGAUGAUAAAGACGGUUCCUUUUAUUAAGUAUUUUUGUAACACACGUGGUUUAUGUCUAAACUUGACGUGCAAAGUAAACAGUUAUUUUCA